UGACAGAGAUAUUUUUUCAAAAGUUUCGUUAAAACAGAUUUCCUGGAAUGAGCAGUACCAACAUUUGAAUCCUUCUUGCAAUACUGAAGUAAAGGAUAAUGGGAAGAAAUCAAUUCAGGAAAAAUAUACUUUUACGGAUCAUCGGUUCAUUACUUUGCCUGUUUGUUAUUCUGUUAGGCGGAGGUUUGAGUGCUUUCACGGGAUAUACACUGGCUACUUUUGAAUAUAUGGGUGAAAUAUUCGGAAAAUAUGUAUUCUUCGGGGGGAUUUAUACUAUUCUGGCCUGUGGAAUACUAACUGUACUAUUUGGCUUAAUCAGUUUUUACAGUUUCACACACACCAACCGAUUCACUGCCAUUAUGGCAUGUGUGGGUUUAAUGUUUCUCUGCAUUGUUAUCGGAUGUACAUCAGUGAUUAUUUACGCCUAUCCAAAAACUAUGACAGAAUUGAUUUACAAUCGAAUGACUGAUACAUUUCCAAGUUAUGGUCAAGUAAUGACAAUAACAAACGCCUGGGAUUUUAUGCAAAGUUAUCUUAGAUGUUGUGCUCUACGAAAUCGUGGUUGGGUUGAUUACAAUCAAACUGUUUGGUAUAAAUUGACGAAUGCAGAUAUACAUUAUCAUGGCGAACUGAUUCCACAAUUCAAAUUGAAGCACAAGUGAUUAUUAUCAAUUUGUCCCGGAAUCAUGUUGUGUUACCUUAAUCGACGGUUUAACGGGAUUACCAUUACAAGUUUAUCGUAAUAAGAAACGUUGUAAAAAUUGGCAAUAUGGUCCACCGAUGUUUCAAGAUGGUCCACAUAAUGAUGCAUUGUAUUAUCGUGGUUGUUAUCAUCUCUUUGUUGACUAUGUUAAUACAUACAGUCGAUAUAUUCUUGGAGUAGGAUUAACAGUUGCAACACUCUUGAUAAUUAUCUUCUUGCUACUCGUGUAUACAGAACUAUUGACUGUUCCAAACUAUAUACAAAAUUACUAUCCUAAUUCAUUGAAACAAAACCAUGUCAAAUAAAUGCAUGUUAUCAAAGUGGGUUUAUACACUUCAAUGACAGAAUCCGUGAGCAUUACAAAUCAACUCCUGACCAGUAAUUCAUUUUUUGAAUACCACAAUGAUUUUCAAUGAAGUAUAUAGUUGCAGAAAUGGGCAUAAUAUUUAUAUUAGUUACUUUUUUUCUCUCUCUCUCUCUAAAGUGCAAUAUUUAUUAUUUUUUUCUUUUAUUUCUUGGUUGUAUUUAACUCCUAACCUGAUGUAAUUAUUAACUUGUUUUUAA